AUGAUCCGGCAGCGCCACAUCAUCGAUAUAGAGGCUCAGCUUUGCAGUAAAGAGUUCUUAUCAUCAUGCGAUCAGGCGUUUAAAGACCCGGGCUAUCCCAUCCUAGUUGUACAAACAGGCAACUACUUUACAUUAGAGCAUAAUGGACAAAAGCUUGCGCGUUUAAGCAAAGGACUAUGUCGAACCCUCCACCAGGCCGUCACUGGGCGACAGGCCAGCAUCCGGGCAUUCAUACGAGAAAACUGGGAUGGCGACCAAACCUCAACGAUUCUUCCAAUAGAGAUCAACAUCUACGGCAUCAGAGCGAACUCUGAAGACAUUGGCAGGAUUUUGUCUAAAUCUGGCAUUUUUCUACAAUUACCUCGAUACUCGUUGAAAAGUGUCGAGUACCACAAUCCACACAUACUUCAAAUAGAAGGGUAUGUAGAACAAGAUCGAGUGGAAGCUGUCCUUCCGUCGGCGACCCCAGCAGCCGAUCCCGCAAACCUACGCACUGAGAGUGAAUCUGUCGUCAACGAUUCUACAACCAUGAUAAACCAUAUUCUUGAUUCGCUAUCACACCCCGUUCUUCUACGACAGCUUCCCGCCGAUUGUCGUAUAAGGAGUACCCUUUUACCCCACCAAAGGGAAGCCAUCGACUUUAUUCUCCAGCGAGAGACUAGUUCGCUCCCCUCUGAGAUGAGCUUGUGGAAAUAUAACAACUUGGACGGGGACAAGCCUUUUUAUCAGCACAUCUUUAGCGGAGCAAAGCGUCCACAACAAGAGGAAACUAAGGGGGGCAUUGUUGCUGAUGAAAUGGGACUGGGAAAGUCUCUUGUCAUGCUAUCAACCGUGGCUGGCUCUCUCGGCCGCGCAGAGGACUUCUUUUCCUCUCAAAUCCAAUUGUUCUCAAAUAAAUCGGCAAAGAAAGCUCCUUCCAAGGCAACGCUCAUUGUAGCACCAUCUUCACUCUUGAUUGAUAAUUGGAUUCACGAAAUUCGCAAACACACCUAUUCCGGCGGGCUUACCUUUUACAAGUACCUCGGCCUAGGAAGGCACACAGAAACAGAUUUUCUUCACAAGCGGGCGAUUGUGUUCACCACGUAUGCUACACUGGCGACUGACUUCUGUGGCGGUAAGAAUGCCCUAGCCGAUAUCAACUGGUUUCGAAUUGUUCUAGACGAGGCCCAUAACAUUCGGAAUCGCUCCACGAAGCAAUUCCAAGCUGUUGCUAGUCUUUCGUCACAUCACCAUUGGUGUCUCACCGGCACUCCCAUACAGAACAAACUCGAUGAUCUCGGAGCACUGGUCUCAUUCGUCCAGGUUCCGAUCCUAAAAAACCCUGCUUCGUUUCAGAAAUUCAUCAUCAAUCCAAUCGUAUCCGGUUCGGGAACCCGCUAUGAAAACCUCCGAGUACUACUCCGCAGUAUAUGUAUUCGAAGAACAAGGGAGCUGCUAAACCUGCCAGACCCGGUUUCGGAAAUUAGAAGAGUCAAAUUCACAGCCGCAGAGUAUUCGGAGUACAAUAAGAUACUUUUACAGUGCAGAACUGACCUCGACAUGAUGGUCAGUGGUCGCUUAAAGGGCGCUUCAAACAAGUUCCUGCUUGAUACCCUCAUGAAACUACGGUUAUACUGCAACAACGGCAGCACGAACCCUAUUCUGCAAUCGGGAUCGACUGGGCUUCCGGCGGAUCCCGAUGAAGCACUAACCUAUCUGCAACAGCAAGAAGAGAAUGUGUGUUCGUAUUGUAAUGGAAUCAUCUUCUACAUCAGUGAGACUGCGGAAACGGACGGCGGCAGAUUCAUAUCCUCCUGCUGCCAUUUGGUCUGCGGUAACUGCGAGCCUGGCCAUCGUGCUAGCAAAGAGCGCUGUCCAGCUUGCGCCUCUGAAGGAGGAAACAAACUGACUCUUCUAAACACUUCAUCAUCAACCGGAAGACAGAUACAGUCCCAUGCCGGACCCGAGAACAAUAGUUUCGAUCGGCCUGAAAGCUAUCCGUCCAAGUUGCGGGAACUCUUGUCUGACAUCCGCAGAUUUUCUACGGAAAAGAGCAUCGUCUUUUCAUGCUGGAAGAAGACGCUCAGCCUUGUCAGCCAACUUCUCCAUACUCACGGGAUAAAAUACAACAUGAUAUACGGUUCCCUCUCCUUGAAUAAACGCAUCGAAGUACUGAAUGACUUUCGAUCCCCUAGCGGAGCAAAUAUUCUGCUAAUGACUCUCGGGACUGGGGCAGUUGGGUUAAACUUGGCGGUAGCAUCACGCAUUUAUUUGUUAGAGCCACAGUGGAACCCAUAUAUUGAAUCUCAGGCAAUUGGCAGAGCGCUUCGGCUCGGCCAGACGGCACGCGUCACCAUCGUGCGAUACGUGGUGAUUGACACGAUUGAAGAGAGUAACAUUUUGGGUCGUCAGAGAAAGAAGCUUCAGCUAGUGGAUGGGGGAUUCGGCAAAGACAAGGACAUGGUAUCUGAGCGCCUUCGGCCACUGCUGAACAUGGUCGAAACUCAUCGUGGCGAUCAGGUGAACUGA